AAAACAAUGAAAUAUAGGGGCGGGUAGUUUUUGUGCAACUGAAUGUUCUGACUAGACCAACAUUCAACUUAAAGCCAAGCCCCGUCCUAUUAAUAAUCCUACUGCAUGAAAUACCUCAAUUACUGCUGAUCUUACACUUGUAAACCAGAGAAGGUUUCUUGUUGGUUCUCCUGUGAAGACCACAUUUUACACUGAGGUUAAACUUGUGGGUUGCGCUUCUGAGCAUAUCCUGAAUAAUAAACCACACAAUAAUGUAAGUAUUUCAUAGACAGGGGCCAGGCUUCUGCAACAGGAAAAACUACUCUAUUGCAGCUUCUGCCUACAGAAUCUACUGUCUGAGCAACAGGGAGUUGCUAUGAUUGCACUGGUGAUGCUGCUCUUUGUCUGUGUCACAGCUACACCUUGGGUGUCCUUUCAGCCAGAUGUGGGCAAAAUAUUUUUUGGAGAAUCCAUAACUCUGACGUGUAACGUGGCCUCUCCUGUGCAAGGAACGCCAACCUAUUCCUGGUACAGAGACAACAAGAGAAUAAGUUCAGGGCAGCGCCUUUUUAUUAAUGCUGCCUUGGGUGCCAACAGUGGGAAUUACCAGUGCCAGGCCGGUACCAGUGAGAGAAGCGAUGCCGUCAAGCUGAAAGUGACUGAAAGUUAUGUCACCCUUCAGGCUCCUCCAACCAUUUAUGAAGGGGAUUCCUUGAUCCUGAGAUGCCAUAGUGCUGUCUUUGGAGCUUCCAGUGGGGCAGUGUUCUACAAGGACGGCACCACCCUAAAGUCUUCAACCAGCGACUCUGCUUUGUCACUUGGAACAGCAUACAGGAACGCAUCUGGUACCUACCGUUGCUCAAGGAAUAUAUUUAAUGACAGGCCAGUUAUCGAUGAAGCCUUGAUUUCUGUGAAAGAACUCUUCUCCAAGCCACAGCUCCAAGUGAGUUCCAAUGAGACGAGAGAAGGGGCUAACUUGACCAUAACAUGCAGUACUACCCUCACCCCUGCUAGAGGCAGCACAGAUCUCAGAUUUGGUUUCAGCAAAGAUGGCCGAAGCACGCAGGAAUUACUCCUAUCCAAUAAGCUGCACAUUAGGGGAGCACAAGUGAAUCAGUCUGGGUAUUACACAUGUGAAGUGGAAGCUGUUGCCAGCAGAAUUAAGAAAAUGAGCAAUACAUUGUAUAUCCAGAUCCAAGAGGUCAAACAGAAUGAAGGACGCGUUCUCGUUGAUUACACCCUGCAGAACUUGAUACGGCUGAUAGUGUCUGUAUGUUUAUCAGUCCUUUGUUUAUGUUUUGUCAUCAACCAUUUGAAAAAGGGAAAAACAUAAAAGCAGAUACAACAGAGCUUCAAGAAAGAGCUAAAAACGACCAAGAAACCCACAUAUAAAGUUCUGUACUGUGCAUGAAAUAAUACACAUGAUGCGAAGUUAA